GACGCACCGGCGGCUUCCGGCGCAGCAUGGCGCGGAAGAAGGUGCGGCCGCGGCUGAUCGCCGAGCUGGCCCGCCGCGUGCGGGCCCUGCGGGAGCAGCGAGAGCGGCCCCGCGACGCGCAGCGCUUCGCCGUGGACUACGCGACCCUGACGCGGCCGCACACGGGCCGCCCGCUGCCCGCGCGCGCCUGGGCCGACGUGCGCCGCGAGAGCCGCCUGCUGCAGCUGCUCGGCCGCCUGCCGGGCUUCGGCCUGGGCCGCCUGGUCACGCGCAAGUCCUGGCUGUGGCGGCACGACGAGCCCUGCUGCUGGCGCCUCACGCGCGUGCGGCCCGACUACACGGCGCAGGACCUGGACCACGGCAAGGCCUGGGGCGUGCUGACCUUCAAGGGGAAGACGGAGAGCGAGGCGCGCGAGAUCCCCCAGGCCAUGUACCACGACUGGCGGCUGGUGCCCAAGCACGAGGAGGCGGCCUUCGCGGCGGCGGCGAGGGAGGACGCCGCGCCCGGGGACGCGCCGCGCGUCGUGCCCUAUCCGCCACUGCUGCGCGCCAUGAUCCUGGCCGAGCGGCACCAGAGCGGGGACCGCAGCCUGGAGGAGCCGCUGCUCCACGUGGGGCGCGUCCGCGUGGAGCCCUGGGACUACCCGGUCCGGCUGGAGGCGAAGGCGAAGCCCAGGGGCACCCCCGUGUAGGGCGCCCCGCGGGCGGGGGCCGGGAAUAAAGACAGACUCGACUCGC